UGUAUGGUCCUGAAUAUCAGAUCUUAUUUAUUGCUAUGUUAUAGUCACACAUAGAUGCUCGUGGAAGCCUGCAGCGGUCCGCACUCUUUAUCGUAUGCAAUAAAAGCCCAAUUGUCACAUGACACUCACUACAGUACGGUUGUCAUGGAAACGGGAACCUCAUCAAACAGCGCGAGGGCUUGCAACAGCAGCGUGCGACGCAGCCAGCGGAAUCGAGGAGGCAAUCGACGCGAUUUCAUCCGCUGACAUCAUGCAGAAUAACAAGAGUGGGAUAAUUCCAUUUCCUCCACCAAUCAGCAGAGACAGGGUCAUAUGCAAAUUCCCUGAGUGCUAUGCACCUGAGGCUUCCUUGCACCUGAAGAAGGACUGGGACAUUCAGACUAAAGCAGCCUGUAAAGACAGAGCUGUCAUCCAUCAGCCUUGGGACCGUCAGAAAAUGUCAAAAGUGGUGGUUGUUGGAGACCUUAAUGUGGGGAAGACCUGUCUCAUUAACAGAUUUUGUAAAAAUGUAUUUGAAAGAGACUACAAAGCCACAAUAGGAGUGGAUUUUGAGAUUGAGAGGUUUGAGAUAUGUGGGACUCCUUUCUCCCUUCAGAUCUGGGAUACUGCUGGACAGGAAAAAUUUAAAUGCAUUGCUUCUGCAUACUAUAGAGGUGCUCAAGUCAUUGUCACGGUGUUUGACAUGGCCGACAUUAAAUCUCUAGAUAAUACACGCCAAUGGUUGGAGGAGGCCUUGAGAGAAAAUGAGCCUAACUCCUGCUUUGUCUUUUUGGUCGGCACUAAGACUGACCUGUUGCCCUUAGAAGAAAAACGGAGGACAGAGAAAGAUGCUCUCAGGAUUGCAACAGAAAUGCAUGCAGAGUUUUGGGCUGUUUCAGCUAAAACAGGAGAGAACGUGCAGGGGUUUUUCUUCAGGAUAGCAGCAUUGGCCUUUGAGAACUGCAUACUGAAAGACAAGGAGAAUGGUGUCCCUGCUAACAUUGGACGUGGAGUUACCAUCAAAUCAGAUAGAGCCAACCUGGAGGAGGCUGCACCACAAGACACGAAGAGAAGUUGCUGCUGAUAAAAAGUGAAGUUUUAAGGAAAGCAGAACCAGAGGCUCUACUGUCUGCUGUGUCUGUCCCACUAGACUGAAAAUGUGCAUUAGGAUGUGUUCUCUUAGGUUUAAAAAGUCAUCAAAACUGCCAUGUUGUUUAAUGUUUGCAAAAAGUUUCAAUUAUUGGAUAGAAACCUCCGAUAAUUGAUUAUUUUUUAUUAACACAAAACAUAAGAAUUUUGAUCAGUAUGUCUCACUGAAAUGUCUAUAGGUCAAUUCUGAAAUACAAACUCCAUGUCAUAAUCUUUUUUGAGAUCGACUGUAGUGUCUAGACUCGAUUCAUUCUGGUCAGGGCAAUAUUACCUGUGUUAAGGUUCUUGUACGGAUUCUUUAUAUUUUCUUUUCUACGGUCACAUAGUAUUUGUAACUUUAUACAGUAUUGUUGUGGAAAAUUUCUCACACAUUAUCAUGAGUUGUGUAAAAAUGGAAUUUAUAAACAAAGGAAAACAAAUGUUUUUAUUUACUUAAGCUUAUUAAGUAAUAAACAGCUGUACAUGUGAUUGCUGAAUUUGUGGCACAACAUAUGUAAUGGACUGAAAGUUAUGAUGGGAUUUCUUAAAGUAAUAAAUCAGUUCAGCAAUUGCUGAUGUUAGCAGCUGUGCAUUUAAUAAAGACUGUUUUAUUAUUUAAUAAAGUAGAGCUAACUGGG